AAAGAAAAGAAAAGAAAAGAAAAAACCCUAAAAUAGAUUAGGAGCGAGAGCGAGAGCGAGAGAGAGAGAGGUCACUCUCUAGUAGGCACUGCCCUACAAAACUACCUUGUCUCUUGCCCUUCUUGCAGUCAAAUCUUCUUCCAGAGCAGCCUGCGAUCUCCCCUUUUGGAUCCUGGGUUGUAUACUUUUCCCUUACUUAUGCAUGUUGGUUUUGUUGACGUUAGGGAACUGCUUGGCACAGUGCUGCCGGUCAUAUAAUUUUGGUGGUGCCUGGUAAGCUGGAAAUCUGAGGUUACUCCUCUCAGGUGCUUUCAGCUCAUCACAAUGAUUGCUGCUGGGAGUGUAGUGAUGAAGAAGUUGACAAUUAAGAUUGCUUCCCAAAGAAUAGAAGUUAUUCCUGGGAAAAAGUUGCUUGCUGAUGAACGGAGUUGCAGUGUUUCUGUGGGUGAGAAUCCUGGUUCUCAGACAAGUAAAUCAGAAAUUGUGAAGCAGAAAUCUUCUGUGUCAGGUUCUAGGAAGCGUGGACUGCCAAAGAUGAUAGAGUGUAAACAGCAGAAGAGGCUGAAGAUGGACCGUGCAGUGACACAACAGUGUUCUGCCCUUCUAAAAUCGCUGAUGGUUCAUCCAGCUGGCUGGGUUUUCAAUAAGCCUGUGGAUCCAGUAGCACUGAAUAUUCCUGAUUAUUUCUCUAUUAUUUCAAUUCCCAUGGAUCUAGGAACAGUAAAGUCUAAGCUGGGAAAGAAUUGUUAUGCUAGCAUCAAGGAGUUUGCUGAUGAUAUCAGACUGACCUUUUCAAAUGCCAUGCUGUAUAAUCCUCCUACAAAUAAUGUCCAUAAAAUGGCAGAGGAACUGAAUGGGAUUUUUGAGACAAGUUGGAAAGCUUUAGAGGAUAAAUGGAAUCAUGAAGGACCUAAGUUUGGAAGUGGAAAGAUUAUAAGUGGACAGACAACACAAAUCAUUGAUUCCAGACCGAAUUGUCCCAGAACACCUCCUCUGCACAGCAAUGCUUUUCCAAAGAAGUCAAAACCAUCUGAAGAAAAGGUGAUAAGGUGCUCAUCCAAUGCAAGUGUUAUUUUGGAAGCAAAGCCUACUAGACCAGCAGGGGUGUGCAAGUCUCAGGUGCCAAAUUCUUACAAAGGUGUGAAGUGGCAGAGUAGUGUUAUAGGCACUGAUGGUGAUGGAAGACAUGCAUGCGUCUCUAAGAAUGUGAAGCCAUUGUUGAUCCCAGUUGCCCCAAACUGUAGUAGCUGUGGCAGUAAUACUUGUCAAUGCAGGCUCCAAAGUGAUUCAAACCAUACAAGCUCAGAUAUAUCAUCUGAGAGAUCAUCAGGGAGAGAUCAGCGUGCAUGUAGCACUGAUACCUCCAAACUGUUAUUUUUCCAGGAAAAAAGCAUUCCUGUACCCCAGAUGAGCAAAUCAGAUCCAGAUUCUGAUGGGGCUGUUAGUGCUUUGGAUGAUGAAAAUAUAUGUCCCAGUUCCCAGCUUACAACUUCGGUCACAGAUGCAGCAUCUGGAGAAGACUGGAGCUCUCUUUUUGAUGUUCCAUUAUCUCCAACUAAAGCUCUCCGUUAUGCAACAAUAAAACAUCGAUUUGCAGAUACUAUUUUAAAAGCUCAAAACAAGGCACUGCUUCAUGAUGGUGAUAAAGCUGAUCCAAUGAAGGUGCGGCAGGAGAAGGAAAGAUUGGAAAGGCGGCAGCGGGAAGAGAAGUCUUGGAUUGAAGCACAAAUCCGAGCUGCUGAAGCUGCCUCUCGAAGGAGGGAAGAGAUGGAACUGAAAAUGCAACGGGAGAGGGAAAGAGAAGCUGCUCGAAUUGCGCUACAAAAGAUGGAAAAGACUGUUGAGAUUGAACAGAACCUAGAUAUCCAAAGAGAACUGGAGAGGCUCUGUGGCUGUUCAAUAUCAUUCGAUUUCCGUUUUGGCAGCGGAAAGAUGGAAGUGGUAAAAAAGGGUGAAAUUGGAGCUUGCAUCGGUAGCCCACUUGAGCGGUUGGGUUUGUUUAUGAAAGAUGACAUUGAAGAUGUGGAUGGUGGGGAGUUCCUGGAUGGAGAUGGAGAAGAGGGGGAGAUACUCUGUUAAAUACCCGACAGAUUUCUAUGCAUGUCAAGUAUUUUUUCAGGGGAAACAUAGGGUGUACAUGUAUUAGUUUUGUAGUGGGAUAGAGGGAUUAAUGUAGCGCUGAACUAGUAUCUAUAGGUGGAUGGAUAUAUAGUUCUCUGGUUAACUCACCAUUCGUCUCUCUUGAGAGCACUUGUAAAUCUUUCUUUUUUCUCUCUUGGGUUUUA